AUGAUACGAACCAACAAAACAGGCCUGGUGAUCAAUGAUUCCAUCCCAACAGGUGGUUCGGUUAAGCAUGACAACCCGACGGCAGCUCCGGCUCCUUCUUUGCCUUUGGUUUUGGAAUCCCGACUCCAUGAACCUAAUCAGGAAUUAAAUGCGAAAACUAAUGAUGCAUCAAUUGGUUUUUCGGGUGGUUUUGGAAGGUUAUCGGGUAUUGUUGAUUCAGAAGAUAAUUUAACUCAUCUUCCAGGAUUUUCUAAUGGUAACAACUUGGCUGGUUGUUCGGGUGCUUCGUAUAAUAAAGGGUCUUUCUUAAGUGAGAUGCAAAAAACAAUGAAGAUGGGAAAGGCAAUGGGAUACGAUUUGGAGGGAUGUAAUGAUCGGGUAAAAGAAAUUGUUGAAGGGGCCGGAGAUAAAAUAGUGUUGAGAUGA